AGUAGUCGCGAGAGUGGUCGAGUGGACAAGUAACGUCAUCGGGACGGUUUUACGUUGUGCGAAGUUGUAGUGGCCCCAUCGGAAUCUGCUGUGCGCUCCCCGCAUGGUUCUUAAUUUCUUACUGUAUUCAGUUCACGGAUAGUUGAUCGGGCAGAAACGGUUCAAGUUGGAUUUGGUCUCCGAUACUGAGUACAUCGGUUGGCCGAUAGAAUCUUUUUCUUUAUUGUUCUUGCUGCAUUGUGCAAAAAGCCGAAAGCUGAACAAAACGGGUUCCAGAUCUGAAGUGCAAUUGAGUGGAUAAAGCAAGUGGAAAAGUUUAUGAGCCUGCUUUCUUAGUCUGUGCGAGUGAUUGAAAAUAAUGGCGAAUGUAAGUGGUGCUAUGCUGAAAAGUGCACUUUUUCUGCUGAUUUUGCUGUCCGAUUGUCGUGUGAACUAUGCGGAAGAUCCUCCGAAGAAAUCCUCCAGCGAAUCCCAGUCAACCGAUUCGGUGAAGAUAUUCGCACAAAAACCUCCAAUCAGUGAGGACAAAACGAGCAUCGCGAAACAGAAACUGUUGAACGAGAAUCUAACCGGCAAAAAAGCGCCGACCAUGAACAGCACAACCGUCUACACCGAUCAUCUGCUCGGGUACAACGGGACAGGUCAGCGGAAGGACUACUCGAUAGUGUCGAUCAAACCGGGUGCGGAACCGACGACGAUUUCGACGCCCUCCGGCGGUGGUUUAAUCAAUGUGUCCGUUGAAGCACGAGGGGGACUUGGGGUGGCCAGAAUGGCAGAUGGCGGUAGCACAACAACCGUGGAUCCACUAAGCGACGCCAUCAACAUCGACACGGUGGAGCGAAGCGAAGCGGACCUGAAUACUACGCUGCAGAACCAUAAUAUUACCUACCAGCAGGAAGACUAUCACACCUACUACAACAGCGUCUGGACGACCGAUAAGAGCGCCAGUGACGCGUACUGGAAGCGGCUGGAUAACAUGAACGUUAGCAGUUUGUUGUCCAACUCACACCGGAGGGCGACGACCGUUUUGCUGUCGUUCGAUUUCCCCUACUACGGCUACCCGAUUCGGAACAUCACUAUCGCCACUGGAGGUUUUCUCUAUACCGGCGAUUAUGUCCACUCGUGGCUGGCAUCGACACAGUACAUCGCUCCGCUAAUGGCCAACUUCGACACAAGUUUAUCGAACAAUUCUUUUGUCAAGUUCCGCGAUGAUGGUGAAACCUUCACGGUGGUUUGGGAGAAUGUUUCCCUCCAGGACAGACCGGAAAAUGGUUCCUUUACGUUCAGUGCCACGCUCAACAAGUCCGGCGAUAUCGUGUUCGCCUAUCAAAUCAUCCCGAUCGACAUCCAGCAGAUCUACGACGAUAAACAUCCGGUCAAGGUGGGACUGUCGGACGCCUACAUAAUCGACAAGACUAUUUUCCGCACAAAGCAGAAAACGAUUUACGAGUAUCAUAGAGUGAAUUUCGGGCGUUCGAAGGUUCAAAACAACACUUUGAUUACCCUGUACGCUCAGCCUACUUGUUUUAGUUUCAAGGAUUGUCAGUCUUGCAUGAACCACGAAGGAGCUGAAUUCAAGUGCAUAUGGUGUCCCACAUUAAACCGAUGCUCCACUGGAGUCGAUCGCAAACGGCAAGACUGGAUUCAAAAGGGUUGUGACAAGACCCAGAUAAUGGACAUCUCGGUGUGCCCUGCUCUCGGUCAGAAGGGUAACAACUACGGCGAACCGGUCGAAAUCAGUACCGAAGGCAACGAAGCAAACGGUACUUAUCGGCACGAAACCGAGAUUCAGCUAUCGAAGAACGUGAACAGCAAAACGGGACCUGCCGGCUCGGGCAGCAGUGGAGACGACAGUGUAAACAAGGUUCCUGCCUUCCACGCUGCAAUGGAACAGGAAUCCUCGUCCAGCAGCAGCUUGCUGGUGUCGAUGAUGGUCAUUUUCGGCAUCCUGCUGGGCUGCGGUUGCUGGGUGCUGUACGCGUACCGGAAUCCGCACACCAAGAGCGGCCAGCUGCUUAUCAGAUACCGUCCGAACAAAUGGUCCUGGCGGCGAGGCGAAGCACGCUACACGGCCGCAACGAUUCAUAUGUGAGAACGACACCUUCAGCAUCAUCCCCAGCAUCCGGAGUACCAUCGGCCCAUGCUGCAUCUGGUUAGUCACGAGGAGGAACGCCUGUUGAGCUAUCUGUAUCAGUUGAACGAGGGCGGCGGAGGCAGCGACCCGACGGGUUCCACCUCCUGCGGCCUAGAGGUUGCCGACUAUACGUUUACAACGGAGCUGGGCGACUGAACACGAGACGAGAGGGGGGAGAUCACGAUAGGGUGAGAGAGAGAGAGAGAAAGAGAGGAGUGGAGUGUGUGCAAGGGAUAGUUAAAGUGUGAGCGAGCAUCCGUGUGCAAUAGUAGUGAGCGCGAGCUUCUUUGUUAUGUUUCUUUUUAAUUCUACUUCGAAAGCAUACUUAAUCCCCUCGAACUGAGGCAACGUGCAACGAUUUGUGAAAUCGAGGGGUACGUCCAGGGAUGAGCCCGAACCAAUUUUCCUUAAACAUCACAGUUUAGUUUUUCCGUUUUUUUAUCGUUUUGAAAAAAAAAAUCUUUCCUUUAACAAUUAUAGUGAUAUUUACACCCUUAAUUUAGCAAAAAAUCUGUCCAGUUUUAUUGGUAAGGUAGAAUUGUAAAUGUUUUCUUCUUCCAUUUAGUUUUAUUUCUGCUGUUUUUUUUAUAUGAAUGAAAUUGUGUUUUAUGAUUUGUAACGUUUACUGUUCUUACUUAACAGCCACCAAACUAGUUUUCUACUGUAUUUAACUAUCGUAUACUGUCGCCUAUAGCACUUAUGGUAAAAAAGCUUAUAAAUAAAAGUACACGCAAGGAAACGCAGAAAACUGAUGUAUUUCGCACUUGUGUUGAAGAAGAGAAAAAAAAGAACAGUCGAACAUAACUGAAAGAUGUGAUAGCAAUUCUUUUUAGAGACAUUAAAACAUGUAAGCCUCGGUUUCGGCACUCAUUUAUCACUAGAUUCCGAAUUACAUCGAUUUGCGAGAAGAAAAUAUUGCCUAGCUACAAAAACAAAAAAAAGAAAACCACUGACGUACACUUUUUUUAUAUUUAUUUACCUUGUUAAUUAAAGACAACAACUUUCUGCGCCGAACUUGUUUUGUCGAGCCGAAGGCGGGAAAAUCCGAGAAUCGAUAUCAUCACUGUUCUAAUAAAUAGACGAUAAGACUAUGUGCAAAUGAAGAUAAAUAUAGUUAUGGUAAAUAAGUGGUAACGUAACAGUUUCCUCGAAAAACGAGAACCAAGGACCCUGUACUAAUUGCGUUAUUUCUUCGAAAAUGGGGUACUGAGUAAUGAGCGCUGAAAACAAGGAAAUUUUUCUAAUUUCACGACGAUGUUAUUCGCCGUAUGCUUUUUCGAUCUGGAAGUGCAAGUCACACUAUGUAAAUUUUAGUUUUUAUUGGUGUCAUUCCUAACGAGUUGCUUCAUUAAAAUGUUUUUGAGAUUAUAUUGACUG